GAUCUAUACUGGUCACAUGAUCUAUACAACAACACCUGACCCUUUCUAAACAGGUGAAUGUCUGGAGUCCCAAUCUCUGUCAGAUUACUCUUUGAAUUUUUUUCGAAUUGAAAGCUUUCGGUCUCAUAGCAAUUAUCCCGUUAGUACGCAAAAGUUGCUCGGCUGCGGGUAUCGGUCAGCUGGUAUCGGUCAGCUGGUUAACCAUCUACUGGAUCAAGUUACUCAAGCAAAAUACAAUCUAUAAAAUAUAUCAAUCCUAGACCAACAUUCUAAGAGUUGACCUGAUUAUCAAGGUAAAAAUAGUAUCGAUUGGCUUCCGUUAGAGCGCCAAGAGGACCAUAGAAUUUGUCUGCCUGUUACCAACCGUCAUCAGCACCUUCAAUGCUUCCACAACCACACCACAAACCAACCUCCGAGAUGAUGCCACCCAAUAUCAAAAGCUCUCCACGUACAACUGCUCUAGAAUAUAUAUCUCAAAGACACUUCCACGAACGAUUUAUUAUACCCCGAACCGCAAACCAUGAGGAGCUUCCAAUUACCUAUGCAGACGUCGGGAUCCGUCCCGAAACGACGUGUGAUCAUGUCCCGACUUUCUUAUAUAUAGCAGGCAUGUUUGGAUCGCGAUAUAUGGGGGUCCAUAUACAUGCCAUUGCAAAGAAAAUAGGAGUACGAGUUAUUAUUGUCGAUCGGCCUGGAAUGGGAGGCUCAAUGCCUGUUCCAAAUGAGUCGCUAAUAGCAACCUGGAUGGAGCUGGUGCCACGUCUCUUGGAUCACCUGUCGAUAAACCAUGUCGCUCUCAUAGCCCACAGUGCGGGCACGAUUUACUUACUCAAUACCAUAUUUUCCUACCGGGACAUUCUCGAUCCGAAAAACCCUUACGUUGCAUUUCUAGCACCUUGGGUUGACCCUGCACACUCACAGGUGAAAGCUAUGCAGUUUGCCCGGUUCAUACCCACAAAGGCUUUCAGUUGCUGGAAUCAAAUACCUCGCUUCUUUCUAACCAGCCCAGUCGCGGCAUCCAGUGGGGCUGUUAUUAGCAGUAUUAAAAACAACCUGUCUAGUACCAAUGACGAUGCAUCGGAAUCGAAAAGGCUAUACAUUGAACAGGAGUAUGGUAUGCCUAGAGAUGUGCAAGUUGAACUAGACAAAUAUACCACUCGCUUUAUUUUCACGGAGAGUACCCUCGGCGGCAACGCAGAGGCCCUACAAUGUCUGCGGAAAGGAGCUCCUUGGGGGAAAUGUGAUGAUUAUACCCAAUUUGUGCGGGAUUUCGUUGACAUGGAAAAGACGAGAGGCAAAGAAUCUACUGCAGAAAAACUAAAGAUACAGACUUAUUUUGCGGAAAGCGAUAUAAUGAUAGGAAAGACGGGACAAAGCUAUUUCGAAAAAUGUUUUACGGGAUUCGAAGACAUGCUGCAUUUUGAGAGCACUACUGUUGCAGAUGAAGACCAUGAUAGCCUGUGUAUGUCGCCGAAAAUUCUGGCAAGAAUUUUUCGAGAAGCGAAGGCUUGUUCGCCAAGGGACUAAAGCUAUCGUUCUAUAUAGAACCACCAUACCAUAAAAGUUAAAUUUCUGGACGAAAACAAUCCAUUUGUUUAAUAUAUCAACAUAAUUAGA